AUGAUUAAUAAAUAUAUAUUGUUAUUCAUAACAAUAAUAGUUGGUUAUUAAGAUGAUAUCUAUGGAAAUCUGGAAUUGAAUGAAAUGAGGAAUUUCACUGUAGAUUUAUCAAUGAAUACAUGGAUAUCAUUUUUAUCAUUUUAAGGUCCAAUAAAGUUUGCAAGAGUCUCAGAAGACGGAAAAUUGAUUGAGUUGUAACCAUUACCUGGAACAUAUUUCUUUUAUGAUUAUAUGAAUGAAGACUUUGAAUCAACAAAACCAGUAACAUAUAGUGCUUAUGGAUCCAAGGGAGGUGCUACUUAUCCUUAAUUUAGAUUUUCAGUUUGAUUUCAUUAUUAUCUUAGAAAUAAUAUGGAUAAAUGGAGUAUAAGACACCAUCUCUUAUGACUUAUAAUAAUUCAGAUAUCAAAUAUAAAUCACAAGAUGGGUACCUUAUUCUUGAUAUUCCAAUGAUAAUAUAAAGAGAUGGAUAAUUUAUCAAAAGAUUAAACUUUAUAAUUAAUGUUGGUCAUUAGAAGGAUAAGGAAAUGCUUAAAUUAAAUUCUUAAGUUUAUUAUGAACAAGAAAGAUCAAUUGAUUGCAUGUAAUCUAAUUAUAAUGAAAUGACAUUCUCUAAUUAUUACACUACUGUGUAUAUCAAAAUCAAUCCAAGUAACAAUUAUGAUUAUUUUGCCAUAAUCUGCUAUGAAUAUAAUCUUCCACUUGGAGGUUCUACUUUUUCUGUUUAAUAUUCUGAUUCUGAUUCAAAUAUUUGGAUAUGGAUUAUUAUUACUUUAAUUUUACUAAUAUUGCUCAUAUUAGUAGGAUGCUAUAUAAAUAAGUAAAAAAGAAAGAAAGAAGAGCAUGAGGAUGUAUCUAAUUUUCAUUCUUAAUUAAAUUGA